UUCAAUUCAGUACAUGAAUAGUUUGCGCCGGGAAAAGUGUCGUGAUUGUGCCCAAGUGUCUUUUAUUCGCAUUUAAAAAUAUCUCAGAAUGGAAUUGGAUUGGUUUUGGCUCUUUAGCAAUCGAAUAAUUCAGUGGAAAGGUAGUUACAAGUGCGUUUUGUGUACCUUUGAAUUUGGAGUAUAUUAUGUUCAAGACAUUAAAGACCACAUUGGACAAUGUCAGUUUCAUGUUAGAAGAAUCCAACAGAUAAAUUGUGAAUUGAUAGACUCAAAAGGUCAAGCAGUCACUUCAUCUCUAUCUGAACAACUAGUGAAAAAUGGUGUUUUUUUCAAUAUCGAUGACAAUCAGCUCACAUGCUAUCCAUGUCAGUGUAAAUUGCCAUGCUAUCUCGACGUUUCAGCUCAUGUGGAAUCUGGAAAACAUCAGGAACACAUUCGUUACAGCAGAUAUCGUUCCAAUCCUCAAACAUAUGUUUUUACAAAUAAUUUACAUUGCAAAAUAUGUAGCUUUUACUGCGAAACUCCCGUGGAGGCUCUCUGGCAUAUUAUGGAGCAUUUUCCCAAAAUGCUCCAAUACCCAACUACCAUUGAUAUUAUCGAAGUUUCACAAAGUCAAAUAACAUGUGGUCUAUGCGAUAUCAAGAUGGAUUAUAACGAUUUGAAAGAACAUUUAACUUCAACCAAUCAUAUUAAACGACGUAAUUUCUUGAAAGGUAAUAAUGAAACACCAAAAGAAGAUCCGAUUUCUAUAGAGGAAAAAAGGCCAAUUCGUCAUAUUUUUUUAAACUCUUUUGAUUCUGAUACUUGGCACUGCAACAAAUGCGAAACUAAGAUUCAAAGUAAAACGUGCCUUAUUGAACAUUUUUUGGAAGAAAAACAUAAAUUGAACGCCAUAAAUAAGAGGAGGGACAGUGAUCAUCUGAUUAAAAAAAGUGUCCUUGGUUACAAGUGUUACAUGUGUAAUGAAUCAUUUGGUUCACAAUCUUAUAAAUUGUUUUUUCAUUACAAUUUUUCAGUCCAGCAUAAAAUACGAAUGGAAAUUUUUGAUAAAAUUUUCAAGCAAAAGUAUCUGAAAAUGGAAGAAUUAAAUAAUAAAAUUUUUAUAGAGUGUUCUGUAUGUCAAAUAAUGCACUUUAAUAGUGUAGAGUCUGUUAUUGAUCAUAUAAGUGAGCAAAAACAUAAAUCUAAUGAAAAUUUACAUACACCUCCAGUACCGACAAGAAAAGAAUCUGAAGAUCGUUGUACACAAAUAGCAAAAAAUAAUAAAACUGAAAAAGUCAAUUCUCAUUCAACAGACGGUGAACAAUUACAGCAGGAUGUACUUGAUAUUAUUAAUAAUUUAGAUGAACUACGAGAAUCAAAAUCAAAUUCAUCUAAUGCACAGAUCGAUCAAGUUUUUUCCGAUCCAAAUACUUUACAUCAGUAUAUAGACUUUUGCGUUAAUAGAAGUGGUAAAAAUUAUAUAUAUAAUUUAAGCGACAGCAAGCGAGCUCAUAUGGACUCGAACAUUUAUUUUAUAGUUAAAAAUCAAUUAUGCUUGAUCUGCGAAAGACACUUUUCCAAUGAGCCGUAUGUUAUAAUGGAACAUAUUUUUUCUAAGAAACACAAUGAAAAUCUAGUACACAGAAGUAACCAACGGAUGAAAACAAAAGAUUCAUCCGACACGACAUUCAUUGACUCAACAUUUUCUGUGAGUUAUAUUUUGAGAACUUCAACUGGAUCUUUUCAUUGCCAUGCUUGCAAAAUUAAUAUUGAGGAGAGAAACUAUUUAGAACAUUAUGUAACCAAAGAUCAUCAGCUAAGAUGUGAGAGUUCGAAGAGAGAGUCCGAGAGUGAUACUCUUGAGAAAAUAAACUCUCUUUUACAAGAUUCAUGGUACCACGCUGAAUUUUUCGAUUGUCAAGUCUGCGAUAAGAAGUACCAAGUGGAGAUUGAAUUCGUUGAACAUUUAAUUCGUUGUGAUCAUUUGAUGAACAUGCAAAAUUGCGCUGCAAAGAGUUACACGCCAGAAUUCCAUACAUGCUUUGCAUGUGAAACAUUACUCUAUGGAGAUGUCAGUCAAUAUUAUGAUCACUGUGAAGAUGAUUAUCAUAAACGAAACGAAGAGAAGGGCAACUACGAGAUUCCAGAAAUGUUGCCGACCUUGUUAAAGUUAUUAAAGGGAGUAGAGGAUAAAAAACGAAAAAUAUUAGACGAAUCAAAAGAAAUUAUUCUUGAAAACGAACUGGAAAAACGUGUAAUAAAAGAUGUUGUAAACGUUGUCGAAAGUGUUUAUCCCAAUGCUACGGCCUAUAAAUUUGGUUCGAGAUCUUCUAAUACAGCUCUCUUCGAAAGUGAUUUGGAUAUUUUUUUAGAUUUCGAUGAUAUGAAUUAUAAUAAAAGCUUGGAUGCAGCAUCGAUUCGAAAAUAUCUGGCAUCGUUUGAAAAAUGUUUUGAAAAGUAUAGGGACGUAUGGUACGUAGAAGAAGUACUGUACGAUACCAGGAUUCCUAUUAUCAAAUUGCGACACAAUCCUACCAAUCUCAAUUGCAAUAUCUCUUGUUCAAACGGUCUUGCUCAUAGAAAAUCUGAACUCAUUAGGUAUUUUAAUGAUGCUUACCCAAUUUGUAGAGAGCUCAUUUUGUACCUCAAAAAAUGGCUGAUUUUUUCACAAUUAUCAGGCACGAAAGGUAUUUCAUCUUUCACUGCGUCAUGGCUAGUCAUAUUUUACUUGCAAGUCAAAGGCGUAUUUCCAAGUGUGUAUGAGUUAAUAAAAUGUCAAAGUCACUCAGUUAUUGUCGAUGGUUGGGAAUGUGGAUAUCAAGAAAAUUUUUGUGCCAAGCCCGAUAAUUUAAGUUUUGUUGAACAUCUAGUCGGACUUUUUACCUUUUAUGCCAUUUUUGAUUAUCAAAAGUAUGUAAUGUGUCCGUAUUUGGGUAAAAUAAUCCAUAAACAAAAGUUUGCUCUCAAAGAACUACCAGUCGAACUCACAGCUAUUCUAAGUGACAAAAAUAAAGAUGCUGUAUUUCUAUAUCGAUUUGAUUCUCCAAUGUGCAUGCAAGACCCAAUAGAUCUUUCUCAAAAUUCAUCAAAAGCUCUUAGCAAACGUCAACUCAGAUGCUUUAGAGAAUAUUGCUCAUUGAGUGUUGACAGAAUUAUAUACAAUCAUAACAUGGAUUUUUAUACUGCAUAGUAUAAAUACAAAGACAUAAAUUUAUGAUUCAUGAACGAAAUUCAAUUAUACUAAAAUUAUAACUUCGAUUGUUCAAAAUAUUUAUGGAACGUCGAUUUUUGAUAUUUUUAAGUGACUUUUAAAGAAAAUUUGAUUGAACUAUUUUAAUUUUUACAAUUAAUUAUUGAUGCGUUAAAUGAAUGUAAUAAUAUAUUUUGACAAGCUACGGUUUAUGAGAGG